UUUCGUCGUGUUUGGUUCGCCUCUGGAGCCAAAGCCCAAACCCAGAUCCUAGAGCCAGGACCAAAACUAAAACCAAAACAAACCAAAACAAGAGUUGCCGAAAAGCAUAAAUUGCAGAAGGAGUACGAGUGCGAAUGCCACAGGCGCGGAACAGUGAUUUGAAAGUGUGCCAAGGGCCGUGAAUAACCAUAACUGUGCAUCCCAGUGAACUGUGAGCUGUGAGCGAAAAAACCCGCCAAAAAGUCCUGACAAGUGCCAACACGCUGCAGCCAGUACGAACUCGAUCCGAACAAGUGUUACAAGUGUGUUUAGUGCUAACGAGACCAGCGAGCCGGGGUGCAUCCUAAGCUGCAGCUUUGAUAUCGUCGCAUUUUGGCAGCGCCUGGUCCAGUUCAACUGUCUGGUCUUCGGGCGCCAAGGAGCUCCUCUACCCACGCAGGCACUCAGAAAAACUGCCAAGAUUCCGAAGAAUCCGAGGAAAACCCCAAAAACAUCGACACGUACCGCAUCGGCAACCGGUGGCGGUGGCGGAGGUGCUGGCGGAGGCGCCACCACCAGCACGAAGAUGGCAUCUAAAAGAAAAGCCUCGGUGUUGCUGCACAAGGAAACUAUUCCGGCAACACCGGUCGUAAGCACCGACACCUCCACCGGCCUGGUCGGUGUGGGCGCGGUCGGCGGCGCAGGAGGAGGAGGCGGGUCUGGGACUGGAAGCGGCGGUGGCGGCAUUGCCGGCGCUGGGGGUCUCCUGGGCGAAGUGGUCAGCGGCCUGGGCGGCGGCGGAGCCAGCGAGUCGGAGGCCUACGCUGGACUGAUGAAGGACGCCGACAAGCUGAAGCUGAUGCUGCUGGCCUGGAACUACCAGAACUCGACGGCGGUGCGCAACGGAACCGAGGGUCCGGACCUGAGCGUGGUGGGUGGCCUGUGGGCGCAGUACCAGAACGCCCUAGCCCAGAACGCCGCGGCAGCAGCGGCGGCCAGCGUCAAAAUGGACAGCUCGCUGUCGCCGGUGCCGCGGCAGGACGCCCACUCGCCGAUGGAGACGCAGGACGAGACGAACUCGUCGGGCCAGAAGGAGGAGGACGAGGUGUCUGAGGACGACUCCGACGACAAGCUGGACGAGAAGCUGGCCACCACCCACGAUCCCGAGCGGCUCAAGGCCUUCAAUAUGUUCGUGCGGCUGUUCGUCGACGAGAACCUGGACCGCAUCAUUCCCAUCUCGAAGCAGCCGAAGGAGAAGAUCCAGGCCAUCAUCGACUCGUGUGCCCGACAGUUCCCCGAGUUCAGUGACCGAUCCCGCAAACGCAUCCGGACCUAUCUCAAGUCGUGCAGGCGCAACAAGAAGACCCGCGAUGGAUGGGAGAAUACGACCCGACCCACGCCCGCCCACCUGACGUCCGUGCAGGCGGAACAAAUCCUGGCAAUCGCCUGCGAGAACGAGUCCAUGAACGCCAAGCGGAUGCGCAUUGGCCUGGAGCCUAUCACCCAUGCAGUUCCGGCGCCGGGCAGUGCUGUGGCAGCAGCAGCAGCGGCAGCGGCAGCCGCCGCUGUCGUGGCAGCUACUAGCUCCGGGGCCGGCGGCACCAGUACCACCUCUGCGGGCAACGCCACGGUUACCUGUGGCGGCGGAGUGGGCGGAGCCGCGGAUGCCGCCGGUCUAACAAGCGUAGCAGCCGCAGCAUUGCCCUUCGUCAGUGCCGUCGGCUUUGCCCGAUCCACACCCAACUCGGAGCACGCGGACGGGCUGCCUUUCGGGGCGGUGGGCACUGUGGGCGGCAUUGGCAGUGGGGGUGGCGGCAGCACCAGCGGGGGUGUUGCCGGUGGGGGCGGUGGUGGCAUGAGUUCCGCACGCAGCUCUCCGCUGGCUCUUAGCUCGAACGCCAGCGUAAGUGGCGGCGCCAGUGUCACCGGCCUAACUUUGGCCAAUGGGGCCGGGGCCUCGAACGGAGCCGGACUGCCGGCCAGCAGUCCCUACACUACGGACUUUAGCUCACCUUCGACAGCCUCGCCAUUCGUAGCGGCAGCAGCGGCAGCGGCGGCGGCAGUUUCUGCAGGUCGGGCUCCCAGCUAUCCCGGCUAUUUUCCGGGGGUGGCUGGCCUAGGAAAUGUUACGCCCACCGAUCUCUCGAUGAAGCCGACCAGCCUGGCUAGCGGUCUCGGCGGAAACCUGGUCAGCAACAACAGCAGCAACUCCGCGGCAGGCAACAUGAACUCGCAGCUGAGCGCCGCCAACUUGGCCAGCCUAAGCAACGUGAACAAUAACAACGCCCUGGUGACCGCCACCCAGCAGCUGCAGCAGCUCCAGCAGCAACAGCAGCAGCAGCAACAGCAGCAACAGCAGCAGCAACAGCAGCAGCAGUUGCUCGUGGGCGCCGGAGGCGGUGGCCUGGAUUCACAGGCCAACCGGGCGCCGCCCAUCCUGCCGCACAAGCUGAGCGCCAACGAGGUGACCGCGGCCCGGCAGGUGAUAUCUGCGUACCGCGAGAGCGCCGCCUUCCUGCUGCGGACCGCCGACCAGGUGGAGCAGCUGCUCGUCCAGCAGCAGUAGGCGACGGCGGCGGCGGCGGCGGCGGACGUGGCCCCUAGGUUCGAGACCCAAGCGGUGCCAGGCGCGCGCGGGUUGUUCCUAUUUUAAAUGAAAUUUAAAAUGAAUUACACUCUCCGACACACAAGCCAAACUAAGCGAAAAUAGUCAAACCGUAGAGCCAAACGAAGAAAGAGCCAUCCGGCCGAUAGUCAAAGCAGCUCGUUCAAACGAAACAUUUUAAGUGUUUUUUCCUCCACUACGUACAGCAUACUUAAAAUAGAAUUUAACGAUAAACAAAAACCAAAAGAAAUAUUGAAAAUAUCACAACAGUAAGGACAUUAGAGCUGCCGCGAUUCGCUGACUUGUUUCCGAACUUCAUUUCAACACUGAACCUCUGACUGGCUUUAACGUAACCUUGUUUGAAACUGCUAAUAUCGGGUAACAAUAAAUUAAUUAAUUCGAAUUGGAACAGAUACACGAGAUACACGAGAAAGUCGUGAAAUCAUAUUACUUUGGCGUAAAUAAGGCCAUAGUCUUAUCCUCGAACUAUUUCUUCGCAAAUUAUCGAUACUAGCUACAAAUCAGAUGGCAAAGCAGCUCUAAUAGUAAUAAAACCAAGCAACAGUUCAACAUACUACAGUGUCUACUAAAAGUAAACCUACAAUAGCCAUACACUAACACUCGCAUCGAUUUUGUUUGGACCUUUCAUUUUUACGCAUUUUUUAGGCUCUCGUUCUUCGGAGAGCCGACGAUUCCGGGCCCGUUUUCAAAGUGCGCGAUUUGUUGAAAAAGGUUAAAACUAAUAACUAAUAAAUAAGUUGAAGUAUUGUUGUAAAUUUUAAGCAAAUUGAUACAAAAACUUUUAAGAAAAACGAAAACAAAAGAAAAAAAACGUAAAACUAUGAGAAAACACAGGGUGAUACUUUGAAAAAUUAUUAAAAUGCAUAAGCUAAAAAUUAAUAAGAGGAAAAACAAGAAAACGUAAAAAAAAUGGAUCUGAAGUAUGGCAUAGAUGUUGGUAAAUGUGUAUUUAACGUUUAGAAAUUACAUUUGUAUACUGUUUUCCAGGAUUCAUUGUUUUAAAAUUAAUAUCCAUUGAGUUUUGUCCGACCUCCUCUAUUUUAGGUGUAUAUACUUUAAGGGAUUUAUUCUGAAACAUUUUAAGUUUGACUGUUGCUUUUUACUCACACUCGAUUAUUGAAUAGAUACUGAAUAAAUAUUUAAAUACAAAAUAGCCAUUCAUGUUUUUUGCAAAUAUAAAUGUGCAUAAGAUAAGGAACCAAACACGUAGAAUCACUUACAACAUCGGUUAUGUAUGAGUGUGAAGUGGAAUGGAGAAGCGCGAUGCAAGGCAAAUUAUAGAAUUUAAUUAUAUAAAUAAAUUGCUAAAAUUAUUUAACCAACAAAUAAUUAUUGGAUAAACCCAAAUAAAUACUCGAAAGAACCUCGAUGAUUGCUUGGAGGGCAGAUAUUUAUACGGAAUACUUAAAUAUAACAUAAUGUGUGGCAUUUGCAUAGAAGAGUAAACUAAUUAAACCAAAAGAAGGCGACACAAAAGAAACAAGACAUUUUAAAAAUCGAAUUAAUAAAGAAUUUAUGAGAAUUAUAUGUACAUUAA